UCACACGGCUUGCUACAUAAAAUGCGAAAAAACGGAAUCGCGGAGAGCUGUAACGCGGAAUAGUACAAUAAAAAUAAUCGUUAAUCGCGAGCGUGUUUUUUUCUUUAACCGCUACACAGCACUUUAUUGCUUAAUAUAUUUUCUUCGUCGUUAAUUACAACGCGUCUUAAAUAGGAUAAAUAUGGGAAAAUGAGACGUCGCGUUCAUGCGAAGUAGUUGAAAAAGAAGGCACACACACAUACAACAUACAUACGCACGCACGUCGUUGCGAAGGAAUAUAUGUAUCUACACAUGCAUGUGAAUGUAUGAGUGUGCGCUGGUGUGUGCGGCCGUGUGUGUGUGUCGUGCGUUAGCUACUGAGAGUCUCGACUCCAAAAGAGAGAGAGAGAGAGCGAACAAGAGGAGGGGUGGGGACAGAACGGCGGCGUUUGAGCGUUGAAAAAAAAACGUAAAAAUGAACUGGCACAGCCGACGACGACUACUACAAAACAAACGCCAAAGUACGUACUAUGUUCUACUACGGCUACAACUGUGAUAUUUGGAUAUAAAGCCGCCCCGCACCGAAAAAAAACAAGCUCCGUACGUGUAUACGUACGCUUGUGUCUCUGCCGCUGGACGACGGAAAGAAAGAAAAAGAAAAAACUAGAGCUAUCGAAGCAACAGACAAAGCGGCAUCAUCCAGAAUCGAAAGAAGCAGACACAGCAGCAGCAGCACCACCACCACCACCUCAGUGAAUAUUAUUAAAGACUGCACACAUAUACAGAAUGGUCGUCGGCUCGAAUCAUACGCGGCGCAGUGAAACUGCCGGCAGAUACGCAAACAGCAGCAGCAACAACAACAACAACAGCAACAGCAGCGGCAGCAACACCACGAAUAGCAGCGGCAGCAACAACAACAAUUCCACCAGCUCAACGUCUUCAAUUGCAAACGCAUCCUCAGCGGCGGCGGCGACGUUGUCGUCGUCGUCGUCGUCGUCAAUGUCACACAACAACAAUAACAAUAAUAACAACAAAAGCCAAAACUCAACUCUUAACAACAACAGCAGCAGCAGCAGCAGCAACUCACAUCAGCAGCAGCAUCAUCAUCAUCAUCAUCAUCAUCAGCACAAUCAUCAUCAUUACCAGUCGCAGCAGCAACAGAGCACAACGCAUCAUAGUUCCGCAUCAGCACCGGCAACAUCUUCAUUAUCGUCAGUAUCAUCAUCAGCAUCGUCAACAGCAUCAUCGACAACAACAACAACAACAUCAUCAUCAUCAUCAUCGCAUGGCGCUGGAGGCGGCGGCAGUGGGGCGGUUCAUGUGGCUGUUGGCAGCCUUAACGGUUGCAACGGCAGCGCCGUCAGUCGGCUAUCACAAUCGACGGGCAUGUCGCCCCGUGAGCUGUCCGAGAACGAUGACCUGGCCACAUCGCUAAUACUGGAUCCGCAUUUGGGCUUUCAGACGCACAAAAUGAAUAUACGAUUUAGGCCCCUCAAAGUGGAUACACAGCAGCUAAAGGCGAUUGUCGAUGAAUUUAUACACACCCAAAACUAUGACAUUGCCAUACAGCGCAUCUACGAUGGGCCCUGGAUACCGCGCCAUCUCAAGAAUAAAAACAAAAUUGCCACCAAGCGGUUGCACGAUCACAUUGUUCGCUAUUUGCGUGUGUUCGACAAGGACAGCGGCUUUGCGAUCGAGGCAUGCUAUCGCUAUUCACUGGAGGAGCAGCGCGGCGCCAAGAUCAGCUCGACGAAACGCUGGUCGAAGAACGAAAAAAUCGAAUGCCUUGUCGGCUGCAUUGCCGAGCUGACGGAGGCCGAGGAGGCGGCAUUGCUGCAUUCGGGCAAAAAUGAUUUCUCCGUAAUGUACAGCUGCCGGAAGAACUGUGCCCAGCUCUGGCUGGGACCAGCCGCCUAUAUCAAUCACGAUUGUCGGGCCAAUUGCAAGUUUUUGGCGACGGGCCGUGACACCGCCUGCGUUAAGGUGCUGCGCGACAUUGAGGUCGGCGAGGAGAUAACCUGUUUCUAUGGCGAGGAUUUCUUUGGGGACAGCAAUCGUUAUUGCGAGUGCGAGACAUGCGAACGACGCGGCACUGGUGCCUUUGCCGGCAAACAUUCGGCCAAUCAGCUGAACGAGGCGAUGCUCGGACUGACAAACGGCCUCGGCUUGGGCCUCGGACUCGGACUGGGCGCCGCCGGCAGCGCCAACGGCGGUGGCUAUCGUUUGCGCGAAACGGACAAUCGCAUCAAUCGCAUCAAGAGUCGCGCCAACAGCACCAACAGCACCUCCAACAGCAACAGCAACGACAGCAGCAGCAAUACGGGCAACGUGGCCAACAACAACAGCAGCAGCAACAAUAGUAUUGCCGCAGCUGCAGUUGCACAAACUGGUGCUGCGGUGCGGCCCAAGAGCAGCAGCCUAGAGCUGAACGCUGUCGCCCUAAUGGACAAGAAGCUGCCUAAUGUCGUUGUCUCGCCGCUGACCAUGAAGGAGCUGCGCCAGAAGGGCAUGACCAAGUACGAUGCCGAAAUGAUAAUGGCCAAUGCGGCAUAUCAUCAGCAGCAGCAGCAGCACCAUCAUCACCAGCAUCAUCACCAGCAUCAGCACCAUCUUCAUCAUCAUCAGCAAUAUCACACACACCUGCCACACACAGCUGCAGCAGCAGCAGCAGCAGCAGCUGCCGGCGGCAGCAGCAAUGCAGAGGCUGCCAGCCAGGCAACGGCCAUGCAGAAGCCGCAAGCAGCCGCCGAGCUGAGCAACGGGCGCGCCAUCAUCAGCACGCUCCGGAAGUCGAUGCGCGUGAAUAGCACCAGCAGCAGCAUAUCCACAGCCUCCACGGACGAGCCGCUGGCCAGCUAUGCUCCAACAACAGCAGCAGCAGCAGCAGCAACUGUUGCAGCCAUAGCCAAGGCACCUGUUGUGCUAAUGCCGCGCUAUAAGCCAGCUGCUGUUGCCGCCGUGCUGCAGCAGCAGCAACAACAGCAGCAGCAGCGCCAGCAACAGCGUCAGCUGCGGCGCAGCGAGCGCCAGACGCAGCGGCAAAAGGUCAGCAUGGACACGACACAGCUGCUGGGCAAAAAUCUAACGGACAGCGAGAGCAGCGACACGGAUUUGCAGCAGCAGCAACAUCUACAGCAGCAGCCGCAUAGGACCUAUGCGCGCAGGGAGGGGGCAGCUGAUGCAGCAGCAGCAGCAACGGGCUCCUCAACGCUGGAGAAGCGCGUGACACGCAACAGCGCCGGACGCGCAGCCGCCGCGGCAGCUGCAGCAGCGGCAGCAACAGCAGCAGCAACAGCAGCAAUAACAAUAAACAACAACACAGCAACAAUAACUGCCCACAACAACAACAGCAGCAACAGCAGCAGCAGCAACAUAAAAACAACGAUUACAAAUUGUAAUAAUUUAAAUAUUAGUAAUAGCUGUAGAAAUUAUGUUAGCGCUAGAUUUAGUGAACGCAAGCUGAAGCCGAGCGAGCCGGCAACGGCAGCGGCGGCGGCGACGACGGCGACGACGACGGCGGCUUCGUUAGCAAACCUGGCGCUGCCCUCGUCGUCAAACUGCUCGCCAGGCGAGCAGCAGCAACAACAGCAACAACAACAACAACAGCAGCAGCAGCAGCAGCAGCAGGCAACGGCAGCAGCAGCAGCAGCAACAACACGCAGUCGCAGCAGCAGUCCCGCCUAUAAAAAGAACCUCAUCUCCAGCUUUGAGCAAUCCAGCGGCGGCGGCGGCAACGCCGCAGCCAAACGUCAGGCAACAGCAGCAACAGCUGCCGUGGAUGUUGCCACAGAGCCGGGCAAGCAGAAGCGCAGCCGACGCGCCGCCGCUUUGGCCGCCGCCCAGCACAUACACUGCGACGCAGUUGCCGGCGUCCUGCAGCGCAAGCGACAUCAGACGGCAGCAACAGCAGCAGCAGCAACAACAACGGCAACAAGUGGCAGUGGCAGCAGCAGCAGCAGCGCUGUGGAGCCGCUUUUGAAGACGCCCGAGCGACGACUGAAGCUGACGCUGCGCAUGAAGCGCUCGCCCAUAUUGGACGAGGUCUUUGAGCUGGGCACCAGCCUCGGCGAGGAUCGGCAGCAUGCCCUGCAAAAUGGACACGGCGGCGGUCGAGCCAGCCAAGCGGCCAGCGCGCACAGCAGCAACAGCAAUAGCAGCGGCGGCGGCGGCGGCAUCGUCGGACGAAGCAACAGCAGCAACAGUGCCAGCGGCGGAGGCGGCGGCGGCGGCAACAACAACAACAACAAUGCGCUGCGCAAUGCCAGCAGCAGCAGCGGCGGCAUUGAGUAUGAAAUUCUGCGCAUGGAGGGCAUAUCAGAGCAUGGCAACGAUGAUGAUGAUGAUGAGGAGGAGGGGGAGGAGGAGGAGGAGGAUGAGGAUGACGACGACGACGACGACGAGGAAGCCGAAGAGGAAGAGGAGGAGCAGGAGCUGGAAGAAGAAGAAGAGGGCGAUGAGCUCGAACAAGAGCAGCAGCAGCAGCAGCCGCAGCAGCAGCAGGAAGCGGCUGGCAGCGAUGCCUCCGACUGGCGCUACACUGAAAAAACACGACGCAGUCGGCGCAGCGCCCAAAGCGCCGCCAGCACGCCGCCUCCACCGCCGCCGCCCCAGGUUGCCAGCAGCAGCAGCAGCAUCUAUGGCACGCCACAGAAGAAGCGACUGCGCCUGAUCUUUGGCAACGAGUCGCACACAAUAGACAUUCCACCAGCAAGCACAACAGCAACUGUUGCAGCUGAGGCGGCAGCAGCAGCAGCUGCACCUGUUGGCAGCGGCAUCGAUGAGCUCAACAGCAGCGGCGGCGGCAGCGGCGGUGGUGAUGAAUCCCUUAAUGCUUCCUAUGCCAGCAGCAGCAGCAGCGGUGCCACCGGCAGCGGCAGCGGCACCAGCAUGACCGUGAACACCUCCUCGCUGAACAGCACGCCCACAUCCACCGCCUCGUUGGGCAACAACGAUCGAAGCGAACUCGAGGCGGCAACAACAACAUCCGCUGCUGCUGCUGGUGCUGCUGGUGAUGCAACGGCAAGAGCUGCAGUUGCAGCUGCAGAUUCACCCACAUCGACCACAUCCAGCGUCGGCUCGUUCCAAUCGGCCUGCACCUCAACAACCAAUUUCUUCACGCGCUCCAAGUCUCCCAGCAGCUACCAGCUGAACGGCGGCAGUCGCAGCAACAGCAGCAACUACAUGCCCUAUUAUCAGCAACAGCAGCAGCAGCAACAGCAGCAACAACAGCAGCAACAACAGCAGCAGCAGCAAUUGUGCAAAUUUAGCAGCAACAGCAGCAGCAAGCGCGCUGCGGAGCAGGCGCAGGCCGUGGUCAGUAGCAGCAGCAGCAGCAGCAGCUGUAGCGUGGGUAACAAUAGCAACAGUAAUAGCAACAACAGCAAUAGCUCGACAAUGGGCAGCAGCAACAGCGCAACUGUUGCCGCGAGCAGCGUUUCCAGCACUCACGCCUUUCUGCCUCAGGCUUUGACCAUGCCCAAGCACACGUUUGGCACCUGUGCCCUGCUGGCCCCCACAAGCUUUGCCAACCUGCAGCAGCAGCAGCAACAGCAGCAGCAGCAGCAGCUGCCGACAUCCAAGCUGGCAGCUGAGCAACAGCAGCUGCCCACAUCCUCGUCGCCGCAGCAUCACCAACAUCAGCAGCAGCAACAACAACAACAACAACAACAACAUAGCAACAAAUAACCAACGACUGAUCUCUAUGCGAAUUGACUGCGCUGCUGCCAUUGCCAACAACAACAACAACUGCAACAGCAACAACAAUUAGAUAACAUUUAUUUAAGAAUAUCGCCGCAGCCGCCUGCCCUUGCCUGCUGCUAGCCCUAAAGCUGCAAUCCCUUAAGUAGCGUUAGGUCGUCUCUGUGUGCGUGUGUGUCUGUGUGUGUUCAUUCAUAUGCCUCGGCAGUGUGGCAACUCUGUCUGCAUAUAAGGGGGGGGGGGGGGGGGUGAGUCCGUUAUAAGAGCAUAAGAGCUUUGCGUAAAUGUGUAUGUUUUAGGUAGUCAAUACCCAAGAAGAAGAAGAAAAAAACAAAAGCAAAAAACAAAAAUCAUGAUCAGGCAAACAAUAGCAAUAAUAACAAUAACAACAACAACAACAAAAGUCUGUUUUAGCAAAUCUUUGAUUAUACAUUUCUUGUUUGCUUUUUUUUCCAUUUCUCUCUCCCUCUUUUUCUCUUUCUCUCUCUCUCUCUCUCUCUCUUGCCAUUGCAGAUGGAUAUUUAAAGCAUAAAUGUAGCAAAAAAGCGUGUGUUAAACAAAUUGUUGCAGUUGGUGGUGGUGGUGGUAAUGAUAUUGA